CUUACAGUACAAUUAUUGACUUUUCGUCUGCAGGCCGUUGAAACUGAAAGCUUGUUGAAACCAAUCCUUUCAGCCGAAGAAUUUCCAGUUUGUGUGCAUGGAACCUACAGAAAGAACCUGGAAUCAAUUCUAGGAUCUGGUCUGAAGCGCAUGAAGAGAUUGCAUGUUCAUUUCUCUUGUGGUUUACCAACAGAUGGAGAAGUAAUUAGUGGUAUGAGGCAGGAUGUCAAUGUUCUGAUCUUUCUAGACGUUAGAAAAGCAUUAGAAGAAUGUAUGAAGCUUUACAUUUCUGACAACAAGGUGAUCUUGACAGAAGGUUUUGAUGGUGUUGUUCCUCCCAAGUAUUUUGAAAAGAUAGAAUCAUGGCCGGGCAAACAGCCCAUUCCUUUUUAAAGUUCUCUUACAAUUUUGUUUUUACUUAGGAUCAUAGUACGUUGAGGAUUACUAGAUGAUUGUGUAAACCUCUCACAAGAAUUACUAUUUGAUUCCUAGUUUGUUUUUUUUUUUAAUGA